GCGGCGGCGCUCGCGGCCUCUCACCCGGGGCGGGCGAGUUCUGGGAAAGGCCGGCCCAGGGCGGGGGCCCCCGCUGCCGCCCGCGCCGCCGUGCCGUCCCGGCAACGCGCAGAGCCCAGGGGCGCGGAGCGAGGGAGCGGCGCCCGCGGGGGCGCACACGCUAGAGCGCGGCGGGCGGGAGGGCGGGCGGCGCGCCCCGGGCUCUGCCUCCCGGGCACUUGCCUGUGGCUGUGGCGCGCCGCUGGCACCCGCUCCGCCGCUGACACACGGUAGCGGGGACACCCGACGCCGCUAGCGACAGGCGCGUCCCAGAGGGGACGCUGCACUUGGGGACUCGGUGCGGCGCGACUGGCCCGAAGAGCAGAGGAAACAUUCAAACUGGAUUUUUAAUCGUUAGUAAGUCAGUGAGAGAUCAGAAGUUGCAGAAUGCAAUCCCGAGUAAAAAUCUCCAAAAGAAUUACUUCAAAUAACAGAGGAAAGAAAAUUGAACUACCACCUUAAAACCCUGGUCUAGAAAAACAUAUUACACAUGAUAGGAGCUUAUAACUGGAGAAAUUUAUUUGGCUCUUAAUGCACCUGAAUGAAAGGAAUUGUCACACUGUUUCUCAGGACUUGUAGAUCUGAGAUUAUUUUAAUAAUAAGUUGUUUUAUAAAAAUCUUGACAUGAUCAGCAGAGAGAAGAAACAGCAAUAGCUAAAACCUGUGUGUUGGUCAAGAUGACUUCUGAAGAAAUGGCAGCUUCUGUUCUCACACCUGUGACUCAGAGAAAGGUGACAUCGUCUCCGUCGGCUUUAGAUGAAAGUAGUGAAAAGGUCUCAGACGUCAGUGUUCCGAAGGCACAUAGUGUCAGGCAGAGUGGUCAGACUUCCACCAUCUCACGACUGAACAAGCUUAAAGAAGAAUCCUCUGGAAGCAACUUGCCCAAGAUUGUCUCCAUAGCAAGGGAGAAGAUAAUGAGUGAUGAGAACAGCAAUGAGAAGUACUGGGAGGAAAGCAUGCCAGAUUCUGUGAAAAACCUCAAUAUUAACUGCAACAACGUACUGAAAAACAGCCAGUGCAGCCUUCCUCAGAGCCAGUGUUAUGACACGUGCGAUUCUGUCAUGGAGGAAGGCCUGUGUUUGGAAACUGGAAUCCCAUCCUCACUGGAAAGAAAGGUGUUCCCUGGAAUUCAACUGGAAGUGGACGGAUCUCCCAUGGACAUUAGUCCCUUAGGAAAUCAGUCGGCCAUCAUAGAGAGCGGCCAGGCACACCCUGACGGCGGCAUGGCAGCAUUUCACUUUCAUUAUGAAGUCGACAGAAGAAUGUCAGACACUUUCUGUACCUUGUCAGACAACCUGAUUUUGGAUGAUUGUGGUAACUGUGUACCACUGCCUGGUGUUCGUGGGGAGCGACAGAAAAAUUAUAUGGCAUAUACUUGUAAACUCAUGGAAUUGGCAGAAAACUGUGAUAAUAAGAAUGGGCAGCUGCAGUGUGAUCAUUGUGACGCCUUAAAUGACAGAUACUUGUGCUUCGAAGCUUCUUGCCAAAGGGCCGAUGCGGUGUGUUCAAGUGACAGCUUUUGCAGGGAGGAUUUUACUAACAGUCCACCUGCCAAGACCUUUCUGAGCCAUUUUGAGGACUUCCCUGAUAAUUGUGAAGAUGCAGAAGAAGAUUUUUUUAAGAGCAAAAAGGAGAGGUCCACUUUGUUAGUGAGAAGAUUUUGUAAAAAUGACAGGGAAGUAAAGAAAUCUGUAUAUACUGGGACAAGGGCGAUCAUGAGAACUCUGCCUUCUGGUCACAUUGGGCUGGGAGCUUACAGUUACAUUGAUCAGAAGAGAAGUGGUCUCCUGCUGCCCCAUGGGAGAGUUCUGGAACGGCGGUCAGCGGUGGCAGUUAGGGAAGAUGGGAGCUGGUGCCUGUCAGAAGCUCAGUGGUAUUCGAUCUACAAUGCAGUGAGAAGGAGAGAAGAAAUAGAAAAUACAAUUGGAUCUCUUCUUCAUUUCUUCACAAAGCUCCCAGCCUCCGAAACAGCCCAUGAAAGGAUUAGGGUUGGUCCGUGCUUAAAGCAAUGUGUCCGAGAUACCAUAUGUGAGUACCGUGCCACCCUCCAGAGGACGUCCAUAUCUCAGUACAUCGCGGGUUCUCUGCUAGAAGCAACCACAUCUUUAGGAGCAAGAAGUGGCCUACUCAGUACCUUUGGAGGAUCCACCGGACGAAUGAUGCUAAAAGAACGUCAGCCAGGCACCUCCAUGGCCAAUUCUAGUGCCCUCCCUUCAAGUUCAGCUGGGAUCAGCAAGGAGCUGAUUGAUCUGCAGCCCCUCAUUCAGUUCCCAGAGGAAGUCGCCAGCAUCCUGAUGGAGCAGGAGCAGAACAUUUACCGAAGGGUCUUGCCAGUUGACUACCUUUGCUUCUUGACCCGGGACUUGGGCUCUCCAGAAUGCCAGACAUCCCUGCCCUGCCUCAAAGCGUCCAUCUCAGCAUCAAUUCUUAACUCCCAGAACGGAGAACACAAUGCCCUGGAAGAUCUUGUGAUGAGAUUUAAUGAGGUGAGCUCCUGGGUAACGUGGCUGAUCCUCACGGCGGGCUCCAUGGAGGAGAAGCGAGAAGUCUUCUCCUAUUUAGUGCACGUGGCCAAAUGCUGCUGGAACAUGGGCAACUACAAUGCUGUCAUGGAGUUCUUGGCCGGCCUCAGGUCAAGAAAAGUUUUAAAAAUGUGGCAGUUUAUGGACCAGUCUGACCUAGAGACCAUGAGGAGCCUGAAGGAUGCCAUGGCUCAGCACGAAUCUUCCUGCGAGUACAAGAAGGUGGUCACGCGGGCUCUGCACAUACCUGGCUGUAAGGUGGUUCCGUUCUGUGGGGUGUUUCUGAAGGAGCUCUGUGAAGUACUGGACGGAGCCUCCGGCCUCAUGAAGCUUUGCCCGAGGUACAAUUCCCAAGAAGAAACUCUAGAGUUUGUAGCCGAUUACAGUGGACAAGAUAAUUUCUUACAACGAGUGGGACAUAAUGGCUUAAAGAAUUCAGAGAAGGAGUCCACAGUCAACAGCAUCUUUCAGAUCAUCAGGAGCUGCAGCCGAAGUCUGGAGGCCGAGGAGGAGGACAGCCCCAGUGAAGGAAACAGCUCCAGGAAAAAUUCCUUAAGGGAUAAAGCCCGAUGGCAGUUUAUCAUUGGAGACCUGUUGGAUUCUGAAAAUGACAUCUUUGAGAAAUCCAAAGAAUGGGACGCUCACGGAUCAGAAGAGCCACAGAAGGCCUUUGACCAUGGGACAGAGCUAAUCCCAUGGUACGUGCUGUCCAUCCGAGCCGAUGUGCACCAGUUCCUGCUGCAGGGGGCCACUGUCAUCCACUACGACCAGGACACGCACCUCUCUGCCCGAUGCUUCCUCCAGCUUCAGCCUGACAACAGCACGUUGACCUGGACAAAGCCCACCACUGCUUCCCUGGCCAGUGCUAAAGUAAAACUCGGUGUGCUUAGUAACACGUCUGAGCCUGGCAAAUUCCCGUUACUGGGCAAUGCUGGACUAAGUGGCCUGGCAGAGGGGGUCUUGGAUCUGUUCUCAGCAAAAGCUGUGUACAUGGGACACCCUAGCAUCGAUAUACACACUGUGUGUGUUCAGAACAAACUGGGUAGCAUGUUUCUCUCAGAGACUGGCGUGACGCUGCUCUAUGGGCUCCAGACCACGGACAAUAGAUUAUUGCACUUUGUGGCACCCAGGCACACAGCUAAGAUGCUCUUCAGUGGAUUGCUGGAACUCACGAGAGCCGUGAGGAAGAUGAGGAAGUUCCCUGACCAGAGACAGCAGUGGCUGCGGAAACAGUACGUCAGCCUCUAUCAGGAAGAUGGACGGUACGAAGGCCCAACUUUGGCUCACGCCGUGGAGUUGUUUGGUGGCAGGCGGUGGAGUACACGAAACCCCAGCCCCGGGACAUCAGCAAAGAGUGCCGAGAAGCCCAAUGUGCAGAGAAACAACACCUUGGGCAUAAGCACUACCAAGAAAAAGAAGAAAAUCCUUAUAAGGGGUGAGAGCGGAGAGGCAGCCGACGAUGAGAUGGCCACCCGAAAAGCCAAAAUGCACAGAGAGUGUCGCAGCCGGAGUGGUUCUGACCCUCAAGACAUGAAUGAACAAGAAGAAUCAGAGGCAAAUGCCAUCAUGAGCCCUCCUAACACUCUGCCUUCCAGAAGAGCCCACUCUUUGACCACUGCUGGGUCCCCUAACUUGUCUGCCGGGACAUCAUCUCCCAACAGGCCAGUGUCUUCCCCUGUGCUGUCUUCUUCAAACAAGAGCCCGUCCAGUGCUUGGAGCAGCAGCAGCUGGCACGGGCGGAUCAAAGGCGGAAUGAAAGGUUUCCAGAGCUUCAUGGUUUCAGACAGUAACAUGAGCUUUGUUGAAUUCGUUGAGCUGUUCAAAUCAUUCAGCGUGAGGAGCCGCAAGGACCUGAAGGACCUCUUCGACGUCUACGCCGUGCCCUGCAACCGAGCAGGCUCUGAGUCGGUGCCACUCUACACCAACCUAACAAUUGACGAAAACACCAGCGAUCUUCAGCCUGACCUAGAUUUAUUGACCAGAAACGUCUCGGAUUUGGGGUUGUUCAUUAAGAGUAAACAGCAGCUGUCAGACAACCAGAGGCAGAUAUCUGAUGCCAUUGCUGCUGCAAGUAUCGUGACAAACGGCACUGGGGUCGAGAGCACAUCCUUGGGCGUGUUUGGGGUUGGCAUCCUCCAGCUCAAUGACUUCCUAGUGAACUGCCAAGGAGAACACUGCACUUAUGAUGAAAUCCUCAGCAUCAUCCAGAAGUUCGAGCCUAGCGUUAGUAUGUGUCAUCAGGGCCUACUGUCAUUUGAAGGAUUUGCAAGGUUUCUGAUGGAUAAAGAUAAUUUCGCCUCCAAAAAUGAUGAGUCACAGGAAAACAUUAAAGAACUACAGCUGCCCCUCUCCUACUAUUACAUUGAAUCUUCACACAAUACCUACCUCACAGGCCACCAGCUCAAAGGAGAGUCCUCAGUAGAACUCUACAGCCAGGUCCUCCUGCAAGGCUGUAGGAGCGUAGAGCUGGAUUGUUGGGAUGGAGACGACGGGUUGCCCAUCAUCUAUCAUGGACACACGCUGACAACCAAGAUCCCCUUCAAGGAGGUGGUUGAAGCCAUUGAACGCAGUGCCUUUGUCAACUCUGACCUGCCCAUCAUCAUAUCGAUUGAGAACCACUGCUCAUUGCCUCAGCAACGAAAAAUGGCAGAAAUUUUCAAGAGUGUGUUUGGAGAAAAACUGGUGGCUAAGUUCCUGUUUGAGAGUGAUUUCUCAGAUGACCCAAUGCUUCCCUCACCCGACCAACUUAGAAGGAAAGUGCUCCUUAAAAAUAAGAAGCUAAAAGCCCACCAAACACCAGUGGAUAUCUUAAAGCAAAAGGCUCAUCAGUUAGCAUCCAUGCAAGCUCAGGCUUACAAUGGUGGGAAUGCCAACCCCCCACCGGCUAAUAACGAGGAAGAGGAGGAUGAAGAAGACGAAUAUGAUUACGACUAUGAAUCCCUGUCUGAUGACAACAUUCUAGAAGACAGACCUGAAAAUAAAUCAUGUAAUGACAAGCUUCAGUUUGAGUAUAAUGAAGAAAUCCCCAAGAGGAUAAAGAAAGCAGAUAACUCUGCUUGCAACAAAGGAAAGGUUUAUGACAUGGAACUGGGAGAAGAAUUUUAUCUCCCUCAGAAUAAAAAGGAAAGCAGACAGAUUGCACCAGAGCUCUCUGACCUUGUCAUCUAUUGUCAAGCAGUAAAAUUUCCAGGCCUGUCAACUCUAAAUGCAUCUGGCUCUAGCAGAGGAAAAGAAAGGAAAAGCAGGAAGUCCAUUUUUGGCAACAAUCCGGGCAGAAUGAGCCCUGGGGAGACAGCAUCGUUUAACAAAGCAUCUGGAAAAAGUUCCUGUGAAGGAAUGCGACAGGCCUGGGAGGAAUCUUCUUCCCCCCUCAACCCAACCACAUCCCUCAGCGCUAUCAUUAGAACUCCCAAAUGUUACCAUAUCUCCUCGCUGAAUGAAAAUGCCGCCAAACGUCUGUGUCGCAGGUAUUCUCAGAAACUGAUCCAGCACACCGCCUGUCAGCUGCUGAGGACUUACCCGGCUGCCACUCGCAUCGACUCCUCCAACCCCAAUCCCCUCAUGUUCUGGCUCCAUGGGAUACAGCUCGUGGCGCUCAACUACCAGACAGAUGAUCUCCCUUUACACUUAAAUGCUGCCAUGUUUGAAGCCAACGGUGGGUGUGGUUAUGUUUUGAAACCCCCAGUUCUGUGGGACAAGAACUGUCCCAUGUAUCAGAAGUUCUCUCCCUUAGAAAGAGAUCUGGACAACAUGGAGCCUGCCAUCUACUCCUUAACUAUUGUCUCUGGUCAAAACGUGUGCCCGAGUAGCAGCACAGGAAGCCCGUGUAUCGAAGUCGAUGUGCUGGGCAUGCCCCUGGACAGCUGCCAUUUCCGCACAAAGCCCAUCCACCGGAACACUCUGAACCCCAUGUGGAAUGAACAGUUUCUCUUCCGGGUUCACUUUGAAGAUCUCGUAUUUCUUCGUUUUGCCGUUGUGGAAAACAACAGCUCAGCUGUAACUGCUCAGAGAAUCAUCCCACUCAAGGCUUUAAAACGAGGAUAUCGACAUCUUCAGCUGCGAAAUCUCCACAACGAAGUCUUGGAAAUCUCUAGUUUAUUCAUAAACAGUAGAAGGAUGGAAGAAAAUUCCUCCAGCAGCACCACGCCGGCCUCUUUGAUGUUUAAUUCAGAAGAAAGAAAAUGUUUGCAGGCUCACAGAGUCACGGUGCAUGGGGUCCCAGGUCCAGAGCCCUUUACUGUUUUCUCCAUAAGUGGAGGCACGAAAGCAAAGCAGCUUCUCCAACAAAUUCUGACCACUGAACAAGACACCAAACCUAUCAUCACAGACUAUUUUUUGAUGGAAGAAAAAUAUUUUAUAUCUAAAGAAAAGAAUGAAUGCAGGAAACAACCGUUCCAGAGAGUCAUUGGUCCAGAGGAAGAGAUUAUGCAGAUUUUAAGCAGCUGGUUUCCAGAGGAAGGAUAUGUUGGCAGGAUUGUCUUAAAAACCCAGCAGGAAAACCUAGAAGAGAAAAGCAUUGUUCAAGAUGACAAAGAGGUGACCUUGAGCUCAGAGGAGGAGAGUUUCUUUGUUCAAGUGCACGAUGUUUCUCCAGAGCAACCUCGAACGGUCAUCAAAGCACCCCGUGUCAGCACCGCACAGGACGUCAUUCAGCAGACCUUGUGCAAAGCAAAGUAUUCCUACAGCAUCCUGAGCAACCCCAACCCAAGUGACUAUGUGCUUUUGGAAGAGGUGGUAAAAGACACGACCAAGAAGUCUUCCACCCCAAAGUCCUCCCAGCGGGUCCUUUUGGAUCAGGAGUGUGUGUUUCAAGCCCAAAGCAAGUGGAAAGGGGCAGGAAAAUUCAUCCUUAAGCUAAAGGAGCAGGUGCAGGCAUCCCGAGAAGACAAAAGGAAAGGCAUUUCUUUUGCAAGUGAAUUUAAGAAGUUCACCAAGUCAACUAAACAACCCCGAGGACUCGCAUCACCUUCUCAGGUCUUGGCCUCAGAAGGUGUCCAAAACAAGGAGGAGAAACCGAUGGGCAGCUUGUCCUCCAGUGACACCAUGGACUAUCGACAAUAACCAAGGUUGGCACGUUUUACCCAGGUGAAGACCUUUUGGUAAGAAGUUAAAGUCAAGAGUGAACAUGGUGGAAACAAAUACAAUUUGCUUAUUUUCAUUAGACUUAAACUGGAAAUUGAGGAUUUCUGAACCGAAGCCUUCUUGACACAUGAUGUGAGGUCCAUGCUGAGGACAAGCAAAAUGGCAAGGGCUACCUACCAACCAAUUCCUGAUGAAUGCAACAAUGCAGCCCAGGAGAUUGCCACUUUGCAAAUGUCAGCAGUUGGGAAAAAAACAUUGCUAAGCUCGCAAUAACUGACUUAGGACAAGGGUCAGCAAACUUUGUCCAUAAAGGGCCAGAGGUAAACAUUUUAGGCUUUAUGGGCCAUAUGGUCUCUGUAGCAAUUACUCAACUCGGCUGUUACAGUGCAAAAGCAGCCAUAGAUGAUCUAUACGUGAAUGAGCAUGGCUGUAUUCCAAUGAAACUAUUUACAGACACUGAAAUCACAAUUUCACAUAAUUUUCACAUCACAAAUAAUCCUCUUUGGGGUUUUUUCCAAUCAGUUAAAAAUGUAAAAGCUAUUCUUAGUUCAAGAGCCAUACAAACACUGGCGGCAGGCUAGAUCUGGCCCAGGGCCAGUUUGCUGACCUGACUUAGAAAACUGGCAACAAGAGCCACAGAGGUCUGAAAACAAGCGAGGUUAGUCAUACAGUUCAUGGCGGACAAUUGGAAGCUUUAGGGCAUUGCGAGUGUAAAUAUGUCCUGUGAGAUUCAUCACAAAGUAAUUUGAUUUAGUUUCUAUUAUUGUGCACCAUAGUGGACUCUUCUUUACCAUUUCUUUUUACAUACAGAAUGAUGUUGGGUUUUUUUUAAGUUUAUUGCUUAUGUAUUAUUCACAGAUUAUUCCACUUUUGGUUUUCACAAAUUGAAUUUAGAAUGAUGUACAAAUUAGUAUCUUCUGAGCUGUGACAUCUUAACAAAAAAUUUAACAUUUCUUAAAGUAAAAGUAGACUGAGUUGGUGUUCAAAUUUAUUUAUUUUGCAAGGUUUGUACUGACACUGUACUUGUAUAUUUAUUAUACAUCGCUUUCUUGAUAUUGCUUAUAGAUUUAGAAGUAUUAGUGGUUCUAGCUCACUAUUUGAAGACAAAUCUCCUAAAAAAAAAAAAAAAAAAGAAAAAAAGUACGCUCUGAAUACCUGACAUGGGCCAGAAUUUCAUGCAAAAAAAAAGCUUCAUUUUCAUUUCUAAUUGAAGAGCUAUUGAUCCAAGUCAUAAUUGCCACUCAAGGUAAAUUAUCUUUAAAAUCUUACUGCAUAAAACUAUAACGUAAGUAUAAAAGAUUUUUACUCUCAGUAUGAAGCAAAUUAUGACUUUUAAAAUGCAAUGUGUGCCCCUCUGAAGCAAAAUCCAAAUUUUAUCUUUCUGCUGAUAUUAAAAUUUUUUCUUCAAAUUAUAAAACAAAGUCCUAACCUUUUGAGAAGUUCUUUUUGUGCCAAUUGUAAAAAUGAAUAACACAGUCCCCAGUUCUUUGCAUACUCUAAAAUCAGAAGUGUUAAAAGUAUACCACACAGGGGCGCCUUGGGUGGCUCAGUCAGUUCAGCAUCUGCCUUUGGCUCAGGUCAUGUUCUCACGGGUUGUGACUUCGAGCCCCACAUUAGGCUCCGUGCUGACAGUGCAGAGCUUGUUUGGGAUUCUCUCCCUCUCCCCUCUCUCUGCCCCUCCCCUACUUGCUCGCACUCUCUCUCUCUCUCUCUCUCAAAAUAAAUAAAAACAAACAAAAAAAAAAUCACACCAUACAGCUUUCACAUUAUUGGAAGUUCAUACUCAAAGCCUUAAUGCUAGAGCAGUGACCACUUGCUUGUCGACAGAAUUCAGGCUAUUCCAGUUUGAUGGAGUUUGCACAGUGCUACAGGUUUCUUUUCAAAUAAUCUAUAAUAAAUGCACAGUACUGCCCAUUAAAAAAAAAAAAACAUUCCAGAAACACGUUAUCAUGCUUCUAUAAAUCUGGCAUCUUUUCUUCUGGUUUGGCAUACCGUGUAUUGCAAACUGAAUUACUGGCCUAACUGGCUAGAGUCAAAAUGAAAACCCAUGCAGAGAUGAGAUGACUGGUCUCUCUAGGUUUUAUCACUUGGCCUUGAUUCUAAGCUCCAGUCCCACCUCACCCCCCAUCUUUAACAUAGUUCACGUGGCUGCAGAACAGAAUCGGCAACUUCCUGAGACUGAAGUGAGACCACGUCUCACAAGUGAAUAUAUUGCCUGUACUGAACCCUACUUGAUUGUUCAGUUCCUUUUGAGGUGAAAGCACAUCCUCUAUUUGAGUCUUUGGGACUUCAGGAAGGACACAUUGCUCAAAACGUAAAGCAUCUAUUCUAUAACAACCAACCAAAACAACCUGGUGUUUGCCGAAAAUACAAAAUUUUUUAGUUUAUCUGAACCAUAGAGUUAUGAUGGCAUACCAAAUGAAAGAAAUUACCCUAUUUAGAAUGAAUCAAAAAUGGCCACCCAGACUGUACCCAUUAACACUUCAUACUUUCCAUACUACUAAAAAUCUGGGUAGCAAACUUUUAUCAGUAAGUUGAUAUAGAAAGGAUUCUAAAUAGGAGCUCCUGGGUGGCUCGGUUAGUUAAGUGGCCAACUUUGGCUCAGGUCAUGAUCUCGCAGUAUCUCUCUUUGUGGGUUCGAGCCCCAGGUCAGGCUCUGUGCAGACAGCUCAGAGCCUGGAGCCUGCUUCGGAUUCUGUGCCUCCCUCUCUCUGCCCCUACCCUGCUCGUGCGCGUAUGCUCUCUCUCUCUCUCUCAACAUAAUAAACAUUAAAAAGAAAAAAAGAACCUAUUUAUGCAGGUUAGGUUUAUUACAAAGUUUGGAGGAAAAGUAUUUGAAGACGCUUCACUAAAAGCAGAGGAACAUGAGUUGUGUUACUCUGUAUGGUGAUGCCAGCUUUACAGAAUAUACAGAGCUGAUGAGAAAGGAUUAGGUAAGAAUCCAACUUGAUCAGUGAUGCUGAAAGAAAUAGACUAACUUCCUCUCGGUCACCUGUUCAUCUGCAAUUGGUUGUUCUACAAAAUAAUAGAAGGUUACAUGAGGUUGUUAAGGAAGCCAGGGUAAGUUUGAGGGCAAAUUUGUAGGAAGUAACAAUACUAUUUGGGCAGAAAGUGCCCUCUUGAGGGAACCUUCUUUUCAUGUCAUCCUUUGCAAGUAAGUUAUUUAUAAAUUCUCCAGUUGGGGGUAUAUAGUUGCAGCUACAAGUGAGUUACAGUGCCUGUUUUUAAUUAAAGUUACUUUCUUACAAAGGUCUCCCAUCUCAAUGGCUCCGGAAACACUGGAGGCUCUUUAAUGAAGCGGGCCCCCUGCUGCCACACACCCACUCCUUCCUCAAACUACAUCUUCCCCUUCCUCUGCUCUCCCUCCCUAUCCAGUACCUCUGCAGAUCUGUCCUCCUCUGCCUGGACAACCAUAGGCCUUGCUUAAUUCUGACAAGUAACAGAGAUUGCAUUCUGCCUGGAAAAAACUGAAUUGACUUGCCCACACGAUACUCCACAACUCGGCCACACCAAGAGAAGAGUAGGAUCUUCCUGGCUGGUGUCGGAUCUCCAACUAGGCAGAGUGGGAGGCAGCCCACAGCCUACGUGCUCUCCAGACGGCUGCCUCGGACCCCUCGCAGUUGCUUCUCUUACAUGAGCGUCAAAGUGACAAGAGGUGAACACCUGGACCCUCCGGAAAGUUAUUAGAAAACAAAGAUUGCCUCUUACACCAAGUCCAGCACCCAUGAUAUGGGGCACUGUCAACAAUUUAUGUGUUCUUGGCCAUCUCUAAGUAUCAACUUCCUGAAAGGAAUCUUUGGCUGAUGGCUAAGGAUUUGGACAUGGGAUGACCUGAAAUGAGUGUUUUUGAAAUAUUGACUCUCCAUGAUUACCAAGCUACUCAUUCAUAUACAUCUCUUAGAUCCAAAAUAUACUAUGCUCAAGCAGACCAUCAAGCAGGUCUCUGAAACCUUUCCUAAGUCUCUGAACUUUGAAAUAAUUCACUCUGACACUGAAUUGGGUAAUGUUGCAUUUUUUUUCAUGUUGUGUGAAUGAUCUGACUUAACAUGCAGGACCAUGGAAGACUGAAGCUGUGUCUUACACUCGUUAUUAUCCCACUUCACUUUUAAGUGCUUAGCACAGUGCUAAGCACAUAGUAGGUGCUCGAUAUUGGUCUAGUUAAAAAUAUAUUAAGGCUGUAAGCUUGUUAUAGCCUUAGGAUGUGUGUGUGUGUGUGUAUGUUACUAUGAUAUUUAGUUCUGAAAAUGAAACUCAUCAACACAGGCCAUGAAAGUUUAUGCACAAAUAGAUUUCAUUCUCAAAUUCAUAAAGGGUAUUCAAAUACUAGAUGUGUAAUUUUAUGGUCCCACUGUGAUUCUCUGUAUGUGUAACUACAAAGUUAAAAGCAUAAUACAAGUGUGAAAUAGUUCAUGAAUUUCUACUUCAAAAUUGAUUUUUCACCUAAACUAGUUUCUCCUGCCAAAGUGAAAUAUAAAUGUAUUUGUAUAUGUUUGGAAAAUAAAUGAUUUGUGACAUG